AUGGCGCAAAUUCCGCACACUUCUCAAGUUCAGCCGCAAGUGCGAGGCGAGCUCCAGCCUCUGCAGGUUUCGUUUGAGCGUUUUCGGGCCACCCUUGACCCUGACGAGCAAGAGAAGUUCCAACACACCACGUUCCAGGAUGUCAUUUCCGAGGUCGAAAGUCUGGAAAAGAAGCAGGCGGCUUCCAGCCACACCGUCAAGAUCAAGUCCCGGAUUCAACCGCUGCUCAGCUUUCUUGAUCGGUAUGGGCGAGCACUGGACUCGUUGACACAGGCAAAGCCUAUCCCGUUCUCGCUCGUGUGGGGAUUGGUGAGAAUACUCCUCGAGGUUGCUUCGUCUCAUUCUCGCUAUCUGGAGAGAUUGAUCGAUGCAGUCGAAGAUAUAACCGACAAAGUAUCACUGUAUGCCGAGUACGAAAGUCUCCUCAAGGGCGAUCUCCGCUUUCAGGCUGCUUUGGCCGACGUAUACUAUGACACCCUGGUGUUUCUACAUAAAGCAAAGACUGUAUUUUCCAAGCGCGGCUUCAGCUUGCUUUGGAGAAACAGCUGGCGAACUUUCGAGCUCGAUUUCCAGAAAACCCUAAGGGGGCUGUCGCGACACAAAACCGUUCUGGAGGACGAGAUAGCACUGUCUGAUAGAACUAGAGUUGUUGCGGUCUGGAAAGAGGCACGACACAAUGUUUCGAGGUGGCUGUCCCCGGCCGACGCACAAGAUGAUUUCCUGAGAGAGUCAAAACGGCGUACCUCGCCGUGCGGCCAGUGGCUGCUGAGCCACGAGCUCUUCAAGGAGUGGUACCACUCCACGCAGAACCGUAUCUUGUGGAUUGUCGGACCUCCAGGCUCAGGAAAGACGGUCUUGAGCACCUCAAUCAUCGAGCAUGUGCAAAGCGAGCGAGAUGCGAAAGUGCGCCAGCCUGUCGCCUUCUUUUACUGCUCGCAAAACUCUCAGCAGAACCAGACCACCGUUUCGAUCCUCGCCGCCAUCAUAGCACAGAUAAUAGCCCAAUUCGAAGACCUUCCGGAGGCAGUGCUUGAAGCUUACAACAAGUCAACGAAAUGCGCGAGACCCCGACUUUCAAUGGCCGACCAGCCUCUUUUCCUCAUUAAGUCUCUCUGUGACCUCCUCAAUGAAUUAUACAUAGUGAUAGAUGGGUUAGACGAGGCUGAGGACCCGGACGACGUGAUGCAGAAGAUGCUCGCUAUCACCGACUCCUCCGCAAAUGUUCGCACCUUGAUCUUGAGCAGAGAGCUGCCCGGCUUAACCAAGCGAUUUGAUCCGCAUCCCAUCUUCAGGAUAACGUCCAAAGACACACGAGCCGACAUUGACGUGUUCGUCGCCGAUCAGCUGUCCAAGCUCGAUUUCAUGGAUGCAGAGCUGCACGACAAGAUGUUCGCUAAACUCUCCCAGGGCGCAGACGGCAUGUUUCUCUGGGCGAGUCUUAUUUUACAAUCUUUGGCAUCGGCAACGAGCACCUAUGACGCGAUGGACAUCCUCUCCAACCACCCGGUUGGCCUUAGUAUGACCUACAACGCGAUUUUGCGACGAUUCAACACAAGGUCCCCACAAGGUCAGAAGCUCACCAAGACAUUCUUGACGUGGCUGUGUUGUGCCGCCCGCCCGGUGGGUUGGAAUGAGUUGAGAGCAGCCUUGGCCGUGGACAAGCUGGAAGAAGAGAAUUUCAGACAGAGGAUACCAUUUAAAGCGGCGAUGCUGGAAAUUUGCAGCCCCUUGGUCGAAUACCUCUCCGACCAGGAUGUCUUCAGAUUUGUGCACAUUUCUGUGCGCGAGUUUCUACUGACUGUGACCGAAACCCCUUCGGUAGGAAGGGAUGAUGAAUCUCAACUGCCUUUUCGAGAGGCAGACGGCCAUUUCCACAUCGCGACCGUGUGUCUAAGAUACCUCCUUCAGGCUGCCGUGGUGGAGGCGAACCUGGGGCCCGACAGCCUCUUAUUCCCUCUGUCAGAAUAUGCCACGUCCUUCUGGGCAUACCACUUGGUCCGAUCCAGAUACGACUCGGAACUCGAUGAAAUGAUGCACAGCUACCUGUCAUCCCGCCCACGGCGUUUAAGCUGGAUCGCGCGUCAACUGUUUGGUGAAUCCUCGGUCUUCCCACUGCAGCAUCUGGUCAAGCUCCAGAAACAGCUCUGCAAAUGGGCCUCUGCCGGUGAUCGGGAGCGGGACGAUCGCCUCGAUUGGAUCCGAGAUGUCGAGCAGAUCUUGCUGGAUGUCGAGCAUGUCGAGGAACAGCAGAGGUCCUCGGGAUCCGAGACUGACAGCAUCGGCGGCAGAGCCAGGAUCACGUACUUUGAAAAGCUGAUGGUCAUCAGAGACCUCUCCCGAGAAUAUACCAUGAGCAACAGACUCGACCAAGGUGAGAGAUGGAUGACACAGGCCUUGCAGAAGAAACAGGGAUCGCUGAGGCCGGACGAGUUGUCGACCGUUUGGCUGUUGAAUAGCUUGGGGAUUGUCUAUGAUCAGCAGCAGAAGGUUGAGCUUGCAGCAGCCACUCAAGAGAAGGCGCUCAUGAUCCAGGAGAAGCAUUUGGGGACUAGUCAUCUGGAAACCAUCUGGACGGUCAACGAGCUGGGCCGCAUGUACAGACACCUACAGAGGACUCAGGACUCCAUCACGAUGCACUCGCGAGCGCUUGCCGUCUUGAGGACGUCCGGAGACGAUCUGCAAGUCGCUUGGACCUUGAACACACUGGCCCGCGCGCGUCGACAACUGGGAGACCCAGCGAAUGCCAUAGCACUGCACAAAGAAGCCAUCGCCAUUCAGAAGAAGCUGCUCGGUGCCGAACAUCCGCACGUCCUCUGGGCGACGGCUGACAUAGGCCGAUGCUACCGCGACCAGCACCGAUUCGUCGAGAGUGCACGGCACCACCGGAUCUGCCUCGAAGGCCGAAAGCGAGUCCUGGGGCUGGACCAUCUCGAUACUCUCUGGGCCAUGAACGAUCUGGGCCUUGUGAUGGCAGAGUUUAACAAGGUCGAAGCCAGGAAACUUCACCGGCAGGCAUUGGUCGGCCAGACCCUUCUUCUCGGAGCCUCUCACCGGCACACGGUAUGGAGCAGAACUCAAAUCGCGAAACUUGAGGCGCAGAUCUCGCUCGUUUGA